UUUUUUUUUUUUUACUGCGGUAAACAGGUGAUACAUAAUGAUGAAUAAAAAGGCUUUCAUUGAAUGCGUUAUAUCUCUUUCAUACAUAAAAUGCUAUCAGAUAACACCUGCUCACUGUCAGUUGAACUCUUGCCAGAGUUUGGUUGGUCGAUUAACAAUAAAUCUAUUUAUGGACCAUGCUCUGUAUUUCAAGGAAAUGUAAAAUUAAACAUAAAAUCAUUAGACCUUGUUAUUAAAAGGGUUCGACUUGUCUUCCAUGCUUUCGAAACCAUUCUACCAUUUGACAUAUCUCCUGGUAUAAUACGUGCUACUAAAGAGAAUAUUUUUUGUGUACAGCAUAUCCUUUGGGAAUCCAAUGAACAGGCUUUGACGCUAAACAAAAGAUCAGAAUAUUCUUUCCCUUUCAUUGUUCAGAUGCCUUUAAUUCAGUUUCCUCCUUCUGUAAAUCAUCCUAACUAUCAAUGUGAUUAUCAAAUCAUUGCAAUUCUGGACACACCUUCUUCUUUACUCAAGGGCACAUCUCAACCCAUUCGUACCUUUACUUCUAUCCUUUACAUGCCAUUUAUCGAUACAACCCUGUUGAAGUCACCCUUCAUGGCAGAGGCUCAAAAGGGACCUUUGUCAGUCAAGGUGAGAAUGCAUACGUGCGACUAUGUGCCGAAUGAUAGUCUAUCUCUUUAUAUACGAGUAGACAGUAGUAAUAACAAAACAAGUUUGAAAAAAAGAAUAAGCGGUACUGAAUCUCUGUCAUAUGUAUCCAUAAAACUCAAACUUAUUCAGAUAAUGCAUGUGGUUGCCUUUGAUGAUAUAAGUGAUCAAACUCGGGUUAUUACAACUAAAACCCAUAAAUUACUGUUGAUAAACACUUUAGACAAUCAACAAAGUUCUUAUUGCGAGGCUGAUUUAAAACUAGCUAUUCCUGCGGAUAUUACACCUUCUUAUGAUUAUGGCAGGCUCGUUCGUUUUUCAUAUAGACUUCAAAUUAACGUAGAACAAAAGAGGCUCUUUGGUGGAAUAUGGAACUAUAAUGUGCGCUUAAAUGAUAUACCCAUCACUAUCGGUACUCUAGGCUAUGGGAUCAAGAGCUCGAGUGAUCUUGAGGCUUAUUCUGUCUUUCAACAAGAAGGAUCAGAUACUAAUUUAAAACCCAAAUUUAUAAAGGUAAUUGAAUACGAGGAUGCACUACCCAUAUACGAUCCUAGUCAAUUACCAUCUUAUGAAUCUUUUAUAUCAAAUAUACCAGCAAAUUAGCAAAGCCUUCUUCAUUGUAAAUAAUAUGAUAUACAGUUUAUUAUUAUUAAGAUAUUAUCUAUGAAAUAAAAUUGUUAUAUAGAAAAGAUUACUAGUAGUUCAUAAAAGUACAUUUACAAGCAAAGAUGUAUUGUAAAGAUUGGUUUAAUUAUAUUAAUGUACAUGUAGGUAGAGAAGCUGGCUUAAUGUGCGUAAUGAUGAG